GUCUCCUUAUCUCUAGUUUUCGUGUUAUGAAGUUUGAACAUUCUAAUCUCGUUUUUUUUUUUUAUCAAUUUAUAUCAUUAUAAAAAAUGUUCGCUGUAUGUUAAUAAAUAUAAAACGAUAGACCAUAGUGUACAGACGACGGCAGACGGCAGUACGAUACAAGGCUACAAACUAAAAAGUGUCUGUUCGGCGUUUACUAUUCAUCUCCUGAUCAGCCAAAAUGUAAUAAUGUAAAUCAUACUUGAACAGCUACGUAUAGCUUAUAGUUGAUGCUGGUUCACUAUAUCUUUUUGACGAGUAAAGACAAUAUAAUAGCUAUUAUAGUCACCAGCGCACAUCUUGAACUAUAUAAUCUACUUAGAUCCAGAAAAUUAAGUAUAAAUAUUUAGUGAACAUCUUACAUUACGUAAAAUCCUGAGCGGUGAAGAUGAUUGUAUUCAGAUAAAUAGUGAAAAUUAAAUUGAAUUUCUAUAGGUAUAUUGUGAUUGUAUUGGCCCCUUGACCCGGCUUGCUAAUAUACUUGUCACUUGACAUCCAUAGACAAUUUAUUAUUUUAUUAGUCAUUUCAAUUUUUAAUCAGUUAUCAGUGUUGACUUAUCUACUACUUAUUUAAUACGGUCUUUGUUGAUUCUUGAUUGACGAAUGACAGGACACGAAAAUUUAUUGCAAUAAAUAUUCAGUUAUUAAUUUAUUAUUUAUAGUUAAUAGUUAUGAUUGAUGUACUUAAUAUUAUAGAAAUGUUCGAAAAAUUACCAUCGUUCAAGUAUUGAGAAUUUUGAGUUGACUUCUAAACAAUAUUACAUACAUAUUAGUGAAAAUUCAAUUCGAAUCUGCAAAACUGCUGUUAAUUAUACCUUUACAAUCGUUUUACUAUGUUUAAUUCAAUGUUUAAAUCACUCUUUAAAAAAUCUAGUAAAAAAGACCAGACAAGAUCUAGUAGUGUAGAAUCUCAACUUGUUGAAAUUACUAAAAAUGAUGUUAAAGACAUGCUCUUUUCGUUGAAUGAGAUUGAUGUUGACGUUAAAGAAAUUUUAGAUAAUAGUCUUAGUUGUUCUGUGUCGUUAGACAAUAUUAUUGAUGGUAUCGAGGAAAUACCUAUUGCUGAAACUCAUCAAGAAUAUUUUAAUGAUAAUGCUUCAGUUGAUAAUUUUGAUGACACUAAAAGUGAAGUAAGUUCUAUUGGAGAAAACCAGGCGGCAGUUGAAAAUUCUGAUAAAAAUAACACUGCAAACAAAAUAAACAAUCUUCAAUGUUUAUUUACGUGGAACAUAAAGUCAAAUAACAAAAGAAAUAUAAUUUUAUCGGUACAAAAUAAAUAUGGAGAUUACAAUUUAGAUAUAUCUUCAUCUGAAUUUACAUUUGAAAGGUAUGUAGGUAAUAUAAUUAUUGGUUAUGAAUUAUUCCAUAAAGGUGAAUCCGAAUUAGGACAAAUGAAAAUAUUAGAAAUUGGGAAAUGGCUUGAAGAACUAGAUAAUGGUACUGAUGAAUUUUAUUUAUCUAUUAAUGUCGGUCUUCAACAUGUUAUGAAGGCAACUUUUAUUCAUAUGUUAUUUGCUUCAAAUCUUACUGGAGAGUGUAAAUGGUUGUUGGACGAUAUUAUACCAUUAGCUAAAAUGGAUUCUAAAUCAAAAGCUACUGUACAUGCAAUACGUGCAGCUGUAUUUAUUGAAUAUGGUGGAAAUCCUCACAUUUUUAAAAGAGCUUGUAAUAGUGCUAAAAGAGCAUGUGAUUUAGAUCCUAAUACUUCACAGUGGUUUUAUAUCUAUUCACUUGCUUUGACUACUCAAAGACAAUUUUUACAGUCACAUAAAUCAAAUCCAACAGAUAAUGAAAAAAAUGCUGUUCAGCAAGCAAUUAUGUUGUCUGAUGGAAAUAAUACUGUUUACAACUACCAUAGAAUGACAUUGGAUAGAGAUACUGCAAUUCGAUAUUAUCAUGAUAAUAAAAAUAAUAGCGAUAAAUUUUGGAUUGAAAAAAAUCGACAGGCAAAUAGAACAAUUGUUGAAAUGAUUAAAGCUAUAAUAAGCAUGGAACCAAAAGAUCCCCACUUGGUUGUUAAGUGUGCUAAAACAAUAAUGACUCUUCCACUUAUGGUCCGUGAUUUUAAUUUGGGAAAACAGUAUUUGACAAAAGCCUAUGAAAUGGCACCAGAUGAUAUUACUGUUUUAAAAGCUAUUGAAAAAACAGUUCAAACUUAUCAAGAUAUUUCAAAAAAACAGAGACCCAGAGCAAAUGUAACUAAACAUAAUCGUCCACCACCGAAGAAUAGAACUCCAAAAUUAGGAAAUGAUUUAGGAUUUAUAGUAAAAAAACAAAAAAAUGGAGAAGAUCCUAUUCCACUCCUCAUUGAUUUAAUUCCUAAGUAUGAUGGCCUCGAUAAAUCAAAAAUUAUUGCUCAACUGUGUUCAUAUUCAAUCUUAUUUUCAAACAACUUAAGAUUUGGUGUCGAAGAGUUUAUUAAAUUGAUAGAAAUUCCAGGAAUUUCUAAUAAUUAUAUAAUCACGCAACAUUUUUCAUCAUUUGGUUCAAAGAAGUUUCACUUAGCAGAACUUAUUUGUAAUGAAAUUAGGUUGGCUACAAAUUCAAGUAGCACUGCUCCUGAUGAUAUGUUAUACUAUUUUAAAAUGUUAACUAAAAUCAUGGAAACUUGUAACUUACAGAUGAAAGAUGUUGAUUCAUCUUUGAAAGCCAAGCUAAUCAUUGAUUCUUCUGCUAUAUCUUCAUUAUCAAAUAAUACUCCACAUCAAAGUGAAACAGGUUCAUCAGAUAAUGAGAGUAUUGUUGAAAAAGUUCCAGUUAAAAACAAUACAAGAAGACGUAAGUUCAAGCAAUCAAAGAAUACUGGUCCUAAAGUAUUUACUAAAAUGCCUGAGUCAAAUAAAGUUCCAAAUAGAAAAAAUGAUAAAUCCUAUGUUGAUCAUUGUUCUUCAAGAACUUAUCAUAAUAAAAACCCCGGAAACACUACCUCAGCAAUCAAUGAAAUGAAUUUUAAAAUGGCAAAGUUUUUAAAUAUUUCUUCUGCUAAUAGACCAAACUAUUUUGAUAAUUCUAAUAUUUUGACAACUGAAAACCUUAGAAAUGUACAAACACAAUCACAAGUAGAAGAAUAUACCCACCAGUUAUAUCAACAUAUCUCUGCUAAUAAUUAUACACAUCCACAACAGAUGAAUAUGCCUUCAACUUCAACUUCAACAGGAUAUUAUGGUAUGCAUAAUAUGGGCAAUCCCACAUUUUCAAACUUUCACUCUAUGCCACAAUAUUCUCAAUUUCAAAAUCAACAACCUCCUUCUUUACUUGAUAUAAGACCUCAAAUAAAUCAACAGAAUGCAACAUCUCAUUUUAACAAAAACAAGACAACUGCAAGACAAAUGAAAUUUGCUUCCAAAAAAAAAUAACUUAACUGAUUUAUUUUUAUUUUUCUUGAUUCAGUUAAAUAUACAAGCAGUUUUUAUAUGUUAGUCAUUUUAGUACGUAAGCAAUUUUUUUUACGAUGAAGUUUGUUAAAACAAUAGUUGUAUUUUAAGAUUUUAAUUAAAACCUUUGUGUUUAUUAACAUAAUUUAUUUAGCAAUAAGUUAUGUAAUUUCUAUAUUUAGCUUAUUAUAAUAUCGCAUGUUAAUUAUUUUUUCAUUUUACUUCAAUAAGUUUAAUAUUGUUGAUGAAAUAGUUAAAGAUAUUAUUUUACAAAGUUGUUAUAUUUUUGUAUAAUUUAUCUUGUUAAAGAAUAUCAUAUACUUACAUUACUUUAUUUGCUGAUUAAAAAGUACUAAGCAACGUAAACUAUUUAUUCACAUUGUCUAAAUAAUAUUAUUUAAUUUUUAGUGGAUUGUUUUGUACUUUUUAAACAUUUUGAUAUAUUCUCAAUUUCAAAUCACGUUUUAAUUUUAAAGUUUUUUUUUAUAACUAAUUUUUAAAUUUCAAUAUUAUCAACAACAAAAAUACAAAUUAUUUUGUAUCUACUAUUAUAAAAUAGAUUGACCCCUAAUAUUUUUUUAA